AUGGAUCCGUCUCAGAUCGAGCACGGCGGCACGGACCCGCAGGCGACUCUCGGCAUGUUCUUCGCGAAGCCGACCCAGCCGAAACCCGCAGCGGAGGCCGGGCCGCCGAACGACCAGCCCGAACCCGCGGCGCCGGGCGACGACAACACACCUGAGCAGCAAACGGGCUGCCCGCUCGCGCCGACCGACGCCGCGCAGGACGACCCCGCUGCGCAACGCAAGGCGCUGGAUGCCGAGGAGAGGCGGCGGCGCGAGGAGGAGGCGGCGGCGGCGAAGGAGGCGCAGCGGGUGGCGCGGGAGGCCGAGCGGGCGGAGCGGGCCGCGGAGAAGGAGCGCGUGAAGGCGGAGAAAGCCGCGGCGAAGGAGGCGGCGCGGGUGGCGCAGGCGGCGAAGCGCGAGGCCGCGAAGAUCGAGCGGCUGAAGCAGCGCGCGGCCGCGAAGGCGGCCAAGGAGGCAGAGAAGGCGUCCGAGAAACACGAGGCCCAGCUCGAGCAGCCUGCAGCGGUUGUCAGCGUCCCUGCUCGGGAAGUUCAGCAGAAGCACGCCAGGGCGGAGGAGGGGGCCGAGGGGCCCACGGGCGUGCCUGCGGGCGGCUACGUCGCGGAGGACGAGUGGGAGGACGAGGAGCGCGCGGGCGAUGACGACGCCGACUGCGAGGAGUCGCAGGGCGCGUCGGACGACGACGUCACGGAGGACGAAGACUCGUCUGAUGGCAUUGCCAUUGAGGAGGGGGGCGCUGCGGAAGUGGAGGACGCGGGCAGGCCGGCGCGACAGGCCCCGGUGUUCAAGCGCGGGGGGAAGACGCGCGGAGCGGGGGCUCGGCAGGCCCCGAAGCGGGCGACGCGUGCAGGUUCGGGACGGGGGGGCGCUAACGGGCAGGGGUCGAGCCGUGCGGUGUCCGGGCGGGGCGGGAAGGGCGGCGGUGGGCAGGGGCGUGGCGGGCGUGGGAAGGCGGAGGCCGGGUCGGACGAUGAGUGCGUGGUGGUGGCGGCGGAGGGGAAGGCGGCGUUUUUCCUGUCUGCUGCAGAGAAGCAGCGGCGCCGGGAGGCGGCGGAGCGGAAGCAGGCGGAGCUGCGGCGCGAGCAGGAGCGGGAGGACUUCCGAAAGCAACUGGCGCGCAGCAGGGAGGAGACGGCCAUGAUGAACAAGGGCCGGCAGCAGCACGCGUUCUUCACGCAGGCCUCGGAGAAGGCCGCAGCCGCGCGGGCCACCCGCGAACAGGCAGCCGCCGACCGCGCCGCCGCCGGCGACGCGGGCCUUGCCGUGCCCGACCGCGCCGCGCCCUGGUCCUUCAUGCCGCCGAUCCACGUCGGGGCAUCAAGCGCGCCGCUCGGCGGCGUCCACGCCCUCCCCGCCCACCUGACACCGGUCAACAGCCCCCCAAGGCCCCCAACGAAUCUGCCGGCGCAAGUCGACGGAUUCCGCCUCGCGCGAGUGGCGCCGACGACCGCACGCGACAGCAGCGUGGCGCCGGCGGCGUGCGAGCCCUCCGAAACCUGCACGUUCGCCGCGAUGAUCGAAAGCGCGUCGGCGGCGCUGGCUUCCAACAUCGACGCCGGCGACCUCCCGGACGAGGAUUUCCGCACCGCCGAGGAAGUCCGGGCGGAGCUCCUGUCGGGCGUCGACGCGGCGCGCUGCCUCGCGCACGAACGCAACGCCGCAGCGGCGAUCGCGGCGGGGACAGAGGCGGGCGGUGCGCAGUUGUUGCUUUGGACGGACGCGUACGCGCCGAGCUGCGCAGCGGACGUGUGCGGCAACGCAGGGCCAGCUGAGCAGCUGAGGAGGUGGCUCGCUGCGUGGUCGGACCGCAUGGAGCGAGAGAAGCUCGCGGGCGGCGCGGCGGGCGCAGCGGCGCCGGGUGGGAAGCGGAAGCGGCGGAGGCGGCUGGAGGACACGGACAGCGACGACGACGACUUCGGAGCAGGCCUGCUGCCGCGCGCGCGCAGCCCGUCGGCGGGCGGGGACGACAGCGACGGCGAGCUGCCGUGUGCGGCGCUGGGGUCAUCAGCACUGCUGCUGCACGGGCCCGCCGGGUCGGGGAAGACCGCCGCGGUGCAGGCGGUCGCGCGGGAGCUCGGGUACCGUCUCAUCGAGGUGUCUCCCGCGAACGCCCGCGACGGCGCGAGCGUCAACAAGCGUGUCGGCGAGGCGACGCAGUCGCGACAGAGUGCGAAGACUGCGGUGGUGUUUGAGGAGAUUGACGUGCUCGCGGAGCACGACCGGGGCUUCGCGGCCGCGCUGGCCAGCCUGAUCCACAACACGAAGCGCCCGAUCAUCCUCACGGCGCGGCACGCGCACCCGUCAGCAGCGCGUGACGUCGCUGCGCGUUUUCUGCCGCGACUGCGCUUCGCGCCGCCGUCCCACGCGGAUAUCGCGCGGCGCCUCGCAGUGGUCUGCGGCGCCGCGGACCGCGCCGUGCCGUUCGCGGUCAUCGACGAGCUGGCCGCUGUGUCAGCGUCUGACCUGCGACAGGCCUUGACGGCCGCGGAGGCGUGGCUGGGGGCGCGGGGCGGGGCCGAGCGCGCCGUGCGGUCGCUGCGCACCGCGGACGGCUGCAGCUUGGCGCACGCCUGGGAGACGGUCGCCGCCGCGAUGUCCGCGGCACGUGACGACACCAACGCGCAGGUCAACCUCGCCGCCCCUGACGUGGAGCGCUCGCCUUGCGCGAUCGAGGCCGCGGAGCAGUCGGUCGCCUCAGCGCUCGUUGCGCGCUGGGAGGAAGUCGCGGCUGCGGCGGCUGCGCAGGCCGCAAGGAACAAGGCGCAGAUGGCGUGCAUUGGACGGCGCAGGGACGGCAGGAGAGGCCGCAGCGCGCCCGAGGAGCCCGCACGCGGGCUUGCGGAUGCUACCGCCGAGCUGGGCGAAGUGGAAGGAGCGAACGCGGACGCCCCGGACGGCCCAGCGCGCCCUGAGGGGGACUCUGGGCCUGUGUCAGGUGAAGAGACGGUGGAAGAGGCGGCGGCGGCGGAGGAGCCUCUACAGCCGUGUAGGAUCGUACUGUCGAGCGCGGGGGCGUUCCCGGAGCAGCCGUUCGCGGCGUCAGCCGUGCGCGGCGAGCCGGGGGCUCGGUGGUGCAGCAACGACGCGCUGGCGCUGCUGGCGGAGGCGACGGACGCGCUCUCUGCGUGCGACUCGCUCGCGCGGUACCGCGACGCGUGUCCGGGCGUGUCCGGCCCGUCCGUUCCGUUCCGCAUGGGCCUGGGCCGGGCAGCUGUGUGGGCGCGCAUGCGAGCGUUCGGGCUGGGGCAGGACGCCACGCCCGUCGCUGCGCACGAGAGGGACGUCGCGGAGGCGGAGCGCGUGCUCGAGGACGCUGGCUGCGACGCCGGGCCUCCGCGGGACGCGAUCGCGUGCCAGCCGCUCGCAGCAGAAGCAAGCACCGCCGUCGCUGAGCACGUGUCCAAGCUGGUUCCGCGCUUGGCGGGCGCGGCGAGCCCGGACGGCGCCGCGGCGGCCGCACCACGCUUCGGCGGAGCCGAGCUGGUCGUCCGGCAAGCGGAGGUGAUCGAGGCGGCGGGAACUGCAUUGCAAGAGGCCUUGUGCUAUGACUUCAAGGCGUUGUCGACGCUGGGCGCCGGCGGGCUCGGCGCCGUGGACCGCGUGAGCUGGAUGGUGGCGAUGGCGGCGAUAUCGGAGCAGGCGUGCGGCGACGGGCGCACGCUGGGCCGCAGGAUGCGGUCCAGUGGGUAUCGCAGGAGGAUGGGAUACCACUGGCUGGUGUCUACCGACACGAUCACGCACACGGCGACGGUGCGCGGGCUGCUGGGGAUGAGGUACCCGCGCCUGCUGGCGCGCAUGUAG